GGAAAGGGGCUGCUCCGUUGUCCCUGCCCUCUCGCUCUGCGAAAGAGCUGAAUGACGCGCUGUGCUCUUGCUAUUAUUGUUCCAGCUGGCAAGAGUCAGGGAUGAAGACACGGGGAUGUUUGUGGUCUUAAUUUGCAAAGUAUCCCGUCCUCUAGGAGAACAGGAUGCAGCGUUGACUCCACCGAUCCGCGCAACACCCUCCUAAGGGUUAAAUAUGAUGAGGAAGAGGAGGAAGCGAGGAGGCCGGCUCGCCUGCCCAUGCAGCAGCCCCGUCCCGCCGCCGCCGCCGCCGGAGUCCCGCAGACCUGCAUGGACGGGCAUGGGGAGAGCAGCACCUUCCUGCGCCGCCGCCGGGGCUGAGCAACGCCGCCGCCGGCUGCACCCGCCGCCGCUGGCCGCCCUGUUUCUCCUCUUCAACGUCGGGCUGCUGCUGCGCACAGGUGACUGCCAGCUGCAAACACCAUGUCGAAUCCAAAAGUGCACCACAGACUUUGUGUCAUUAACUUCGCAUCUAAACUCUGCUCUUGAUGGCUUUGAUUUGGAGUUCUGCAAAGCCCUGCGGGCAUAUUCUGCCUGCACCUAUCGCAAUUCCAAAGUCUGUCGUGGAAACCUAGUUUAUCAUUCUGCUGUGCUAGGGAUCAGCGACCUCAUGAGCCAGAGAAACUGCUCCAAGGAUGGGCCAACAUCUUCUACUAACCCUGAAGUUACCCACGACCCCUGUAAUUACAGUGGCCGCAUAGGAGCCAGAGAACUUCGGGGAGGGGAGCAAACCCCUCCUACUUACCUCUUUUGUGGUUUGUUUGGUGAUCCUCACCUUAGGACUUUUAAGGAUCACUUUCAGACAUGCAAAGUGGAAGGUGCCUGGCCUCUCAUAGACAAUAACUACUUAUCAGUGCAAGUGACGAAUGUGCCUCUAGUGCCAGGAUCCAGUGCUACUGCUACAAAUAAGAUAACUAUUAUCUUUAAAUCAUACCAAGACUGCACAGAGCAGAAGGUGUACCAGGCAGUGACUGAUGACCUACCGGCGGCUUUUGUAGAUGGCACAACAAGUGGAGGUGAUAGUGACACCAAGAGCUUGCGCAUAGUGGAGAGAGUCAGUGGCAGAUACGUGGAGAUGCACGCCAGGUACAUCGGGGCCACUGUGUUUGUGCGCCAAGUUGGACGUUACCUAACGCUGGCCAUUCGCAUGCCAGAAGAGCUGGCCAUGGCUUAUGAAGAAAGCCAGGACCUCCAGCUGUGUGUGAAUGGCUGCCCCUAAACACACUUUUCCUUAACAGUCCCUGUCACAGCUGUCCACCUUCUCUUGGGGCUGACUGAUAGCACCCCUCCAGCUGAUUAGAUUCACACUGCAGCUAAGUGACCUAAGAAAUUCCCUUUCAUAAGCAGUGCAUCUACCAAAUGUGUUAGAAUAUAGGGAGAGGGAGAUUUCAACAGAGUCCUCAUGCAUGGUAGGGAUAAAGUUCAACCAUUAGGUCACUGAAUCAAUCUAGUGCCUUAAAUUAUUGCAAGAAAGAGGUAACAUCUUACACAGUAAAGAUUUUCAACAGUAAAAAUACCCACAUGUGAGUUCCCCCCCCCCCCCACUGUCAUGAUUGCUAAUUGGUCUAAGUGUUUGUUUUUCUCUUGGAAACAGUGUAGCCUAGAUUAGUGAGUCUCUAGCAUUCCAAGGGUAUGUCUGCACUGCAUUUUAAAGCCUAUGGCAAGGAGGCUCGGAGCCCAGGUCUACAGACUCGGGCUUGGGGGCUCACUCUGUGGCGCUUAAAACCGUAGUGUUCUGAAAUCCACUCACCUCCAGGCUUCAGAGCCUGAGCUCCAGACCUAAGCCUGAAUGUUUGUGACUCUUUUUAGUUCUGUAAUGUGAGCCCCAGUCUAUAGACCUAGGCACUGUGGCAGGUUGAUGUGGGGUGAUUGUGGGUUUUUGUGGGGUGGGAGUGUUGUGUAUACAUGAGUAACAGACUGGACUAGUCCUUGCUUUCAUUACUCUAAAGUUCAGUAAGUAAACUUUACAGUGUGUGUUGGGUAAUGUGAGAGGUGGUACUUGAGAGUUAAAUCUCUCUUUUUGCAUGGAAUGAUGAAGGGCUAGACAGGUUAAGGAUGGUCUCCUUUUAGCAAUUGCUGGGACUCUCUGUUGGCAGAGAGACUUAACUUGACACUGGAAUGGGUGGAAGAUUUUACGUGCCACUUACAUUGGGCUGGGAAUGCUGUUUUGAAAACCAAUUAAACUAGCUUGGUUUGGCUAGCCAGUGUGGAAGGCAGAAUGCUGUACUAGACAAGAACACUCUAAUCUGUUCACGUAGUUUGCCCCAUCCUUUCUGCUUGGCCACACUGUUUAAACUGAGUUAGCUGAAAAUGGUUUUCCAACUGCUCUAGGUAGUGUGGUUUCUGGCCUACUGUAGAAUUGGGUAGAGGAAGGGAGCUUUCCUGUUUUGCUGCUCUAAUGUGUCUGGGGGAAGCCCUUGUAUUUUGGGUGGCUGAAUUUCCCCAUUAGUGCACUGAGUUUAAAAAAAAAUUGUGGUGGCUAGAGUUGCUGCCCCAGUACAAGUACAUAGUAAAUGAUGCAGUCUACUAGCUAGUUCCCUGUGCCCCCAGUCCCACAAAUACAUGUACAUGUGUGUGUGUGUGUAUAUAUAUACACUAGUAGUGAAUUGUGAGCCCCAUAGACAAGUAAAAUUUCAGAAAUGUUGUGCUUCCUUCAAUGCGUUUUCUUGUUCCUGCUGUGGGAUUUCUUGAGGAAAAUGUUAUUUGCACAUGUUGGUUUUUGAAGUCCACACUAGCCAAAAGAUCUUUCUUUAAUGCCAAACAUCUGGAUAUUUUGAAGCUUAGUGAAUGGUCUCGGGGGAGAGCUUACACUUAGAGGGAACACUGGUUUUCACAGACACUCCAAAUGGCUGUCUUUUUUAGAAGGCUUCAAAUUUUAUUUUUAUGCUUGGAAACCCCACAAUGUGUCAGUCUUUGCAAAACCUUCUAGAUGUGGUUCAUGGAUAUACCAGUAAGUAUAUGUUUGUGUAAAAGAGUGACUGUGCAGUGUGUAAAUACUUUAAAUUAUUAUGAUAGAAGAAUAAAGUUACAUACCAUGCUGUGGAAUGUUUGUAAUGUGGUAUUAGUGACCCCUGGUGGUUUGACAGAGAAACUUGGGUACAUGUAGUUGUUAACCCUUAAACCAAAGCCCUGUAUUUAUUUUCUGCUAGUACAAGACUGUGCUGUACACAACCUCCAUGCUCCCUUACACAAUUUAUAAGAGGCAAAUAAAUUAGCAAGUGUAGUGAAAUUUAUAAUCAGUAAUAGCAAAACAGGCCAAUUUAAAUGAGUGAAUAGUGUGUGUGGCAGCUGAUCUCUGGAAACAUCCACUUAGCAUCUCACUUAUGUAUACUCUUUCCCUGCACUGUGUGGGGAGACAUUUGGCAAAUUGUAAAUCCAGUGGUCUCCUUUUGCUGCUUCUGUUUGAGUAAGAUUUAUCAAGUCCAUCAGUGUUUCCUAUCCUGCAGCUAUGCAGUCUCUACCAAAUCAGGAGAACCUUUGAAAGAUGUAGAAAAUCCACCACUAACUGUAUAUGGAUGUUUACAUUUACAAAAUGUCCAACUCUGGAUUUUACAUAAGUUCACGGUAUUCUGUGAAAAUGAUUUACUAAACAGUCAUGGAAACAUAAUAUAUUAGCUACAGAACUAAUACUAUGUUGCCAAGCUUGGUUAUAUUUGAAGCAUUAAAAAAAGUGAAUGUCUUCUGGUACUACUCACUAGGGCUGAAAAGUAACAUCUAAUAAGUGGAAAAUGCCCCAUUUAGAAGAGCUAUAGAUGGAGACUUUAAAUGUACAUGUGCCACUACAGUGUACAGCAGGAUGACAGGGGCAGCACCUGAGUAUAGUUGCAAAUGUGCAUGACUUACCACUACUAGAUUUGUAGAAGGUCAUACAUAAGACGUCAGCAGUUUAACUUGUACCAAAGCUUAAUUAAACUGAAAAUAGCCACUGUUUUUCCUUUGCACUUACUUGGAUUUUUCAAAAUGUUUGGUAUCUUGGAUGCUAUUGUUUAUUCAUAGGAUUAAAUGUUAAGCAUGAGCUUUUUUGUAGCACUGGUCACCAUGAGCUUUCCCAAACCUAUGCUGAUUUAUCUUUGUAACAUUGUGAGAGAAACAUUAUUUCCAUUUUACAAAUAGAAAAACUGAAGCACAGAGUGACUUUCCAUAGGCCACACAGGCGGAGAACCCAAGAUU